AGCAAACUGUGUCUAGAUUGUGAAGCCUAUCUUUGCCGUGAUCACCUAGAGGCACAUAAUUCGGUAGGACAGCACACCCUAACUGAUUUGAGCACUGACAUGCAGACAAGAAAGUGUGCUACUCAUCAAAAACUCCUAAAAUAUAACUGCUGUGUGGAUAAUGUUUAUGUCUGUGAGUUCUGUGUUGUACUUGGUAAUCACAUAGGACACAAUAUGGAAUUAAUAAGUGACAUGGUCAUGGCUGUGAAGUCGUCACUUGAAGAACUUUUGGACAAUCUGAUCAAGAAGUCCAAAGAAUCUGAAAACCAUAUUCAUGAAGCAAUGGCCAGAAAGGAUAACACCCACAAAAGAGCUGCUGAUCUACAAAGACAAGUCACUAUGCUGUUUACAGAUCUUAAACAAGAGCUUGAAUGUGAGGAGAGGAAGAUUUUGAGAGAGAUCACAAAUCAAGUAGACGAGAAAGACUUUAAUAUUGCUAGAUUUUUCUCUAAAAAGAAAGAAGAAAAAUUUAAGCUUAAUGCCCACGGGGCUAAGAUCAGAGGUAUUAUAAAUUCUACUGACCCAAUGACCAUUGUCGAGAAAGGAACUCAGUCAAUUAACAAGACCAAAAUGUUAAUAGACGAGGUUCAAGGCAAACUGGAAGUUACAGGAUUGAAUGCGUUAUUGGUAACAGUGCAUUUAGAAUUUGGGCUACUCAAAGUAAUAAAACGCAUUCCACAACUUCAAAAAAAACAUGGUUUUGCAGUGCAGAAUGUAAUCUAUAUAGAGCCGAUGAAUGCCAAUCAUCCAACUGAACGCAAUGCAUCUGAACCUGGAAGCCUGCUGGACUCAUCAAUGAAUCUUAAGGAAAAAGAUCGUAAGUAUCUGGCCUCUAGCUACUCACCCAUUUCAUCAGGACAACAUUAUUGGGAAAUAGAAACCAGUGACUUGCUAAGUUGGAAUGGUGAGGUGUCUAACUCCCAAAACAAAAGUUUUGGGAGAUAAUGACGAUUCAUGGUGCAUGUGUUACUAUAAAAUGGGUAAAUAUGCAGUUGUUAACAAUGGUGUAAAAACAUAAGUGAGUACCAGCUCUCCUACUAAAGCUCUACGAAUAUAUUUGGAUUAUAAAGCAGGAAACUUGUGGUUUUUUUCAGCUGGUGAACCCCAUCAAACACCUACAUACAGAGUUUGUUACCUUUACCUCUGUUUAUGAAAGGGGCUGAAUAAAUUUGAGAUAAAACACAACUGUAGCAAAUUGGUUAUAGGUGAUGCAUUUUUAACCUGUUUCUGGGUCCAGGGAGCCCAAAAAGCACUGCAUCCUCUAUGUACCUGAGGAUGGGGAUCUAAGUACUUACAAUCUGCAGAUGUCACAGACAGAAUAACCCUGUAUGUAUAUUUAAAUUGUCUGAGGAAAGAGAUCAUGAAGUGUGAUUAAAGAGAUUGUAAGGGCUGAUAGCGUUAUUAAAAAUGAUGGGCUUAGAGAUAAGAGAAAUGAUCAAGUAAUAUGGAACAGGUAUCAGGACUGGAGGGUUAGAAAGACACAAGUUAUGGCUAUAGCCACUGGAGAAUUAUGCAGGAAACAAUCUGGGGAGUUGCGAUGUAUGAGAGAAAAAGCCUUGCAAGAGAGAUUAAAGAGAAAGAAAAGAGAACAGCUGCCUUGUGAGGAAAACAAAACUGGAUGGAAGAAUUGCUAUAAAAAGAAAUGUUGGUGAAAGAAAAGAUAAAAGGAGACUAUUGGGCAGACUGGUAAAUAUUACAGGGAAAACAAAAUUCCAUUGUGUGACACAUUUAAAAAAAUGUAGGAAGUUGAAUAGAGAAUGGAAAACGUAGACGAAAGACAGAGGGAGAGAAACUGCGGGAACAGGGAUGUAUCCGUUUAUAAGCCAUUUACUUGAUUAAUUAUUAUUAUUGCAUCAUUGUAUAAGCUUGCGGAUUUAUGCAGUAAUUAGUGAACUGAUACUAAGUAGCAAAAAUUAAACACUAGAACCUUUAAAAAAAAAAAAUGACUUUAUAUUAUUCGCUAAACGGAAAAUGCUAGGAAAUGACCAGGGACUGGAAAUAUAACCGAAAUGUAAAUUCCUUCAUGGCCCAAAAAUUUAUUCACAGGUCAAUUCCAAACAAUUCACAGUGCACACAACCAUUUAUGGGAUCAGUCGGUUUUAAAGGAACACUCUACUCGUCUGAAGUACUUUAGUUUGUACUUUUUCUGUAAUGCUUUAUGUGUGAAGGGUGUGCUCUAUUUUUUCAUUUGAAAAAAGUGUAGAUUUCAAUAUAAGUUGUCACUUUUUUUUUUUUUUUAUAAGUUAACCUUGUUACACCCCACCGGCUGUCAAUCAUACAAUCAGUCCUGUUACUCCCUAGUUGUUUAGGUCAAUGGAACUAAAUGCAAGAGGCAGCAAUUGCCCAGAGCACCUGCAUUACAAAGACUUCUCAUUGAGCUGCACUGGGAAGUCUGUGAUUGGACAGUCACAGAAAGUUUGGGCUGGGUUGGAAGGGGAGGAGUUACAAAGGCUGCAGACAUUUAAAAAUCUGAAGCUUUUGUACACUGUUUUUAGAUAAAACUCAUAAAACUAAAAAAAAAACACAUACUUAGAUGCAUGCAUGUUUUCAUUAGGAGUAUAUCUACUGAGUAGUGUUUUGUUUCUGUUUUUUUUUUUUUUAUAAUAUACUGAUAGUUGUCACUCAACCGCAUUUGUGAAUGUGCUGCUUGUAUCAGGAUUACCCCUCAUGAAAAUUACCCUAGGUAAAAUCUAAAAAUCAUAUAUGGUGCUAUCGCAAUGACAAAAAAAAAAAAAAACUCACUAAUUAUCCUUCAUAAGUGUGUUUGUUAUUUAGGAAAAAAAAAUUAUUAUAUAUUAAAUCCCUUCAAAUGAGGGAAUUGACGUCCAAACAAAAAAAACAUACACAACACAGAAAUACCUCCUGUGUGCAAACCGAGUGCAUAUAACCAAAAAUAUAACGAUUACAAUCAAAAUGCCCAAGUCAUAGAGCUCCUCCAUAACAACCAAUACAGAAAAUGACUCACAUAUUGGAAUACAUGUAUAUUACUUUGUUCGCUUGUAUAGUAUAUUUAAGUCAAACAGCAACAAUAGCAAAUUCUAUUCCUUUACAUACGAUUGAUAAAUAUCAAUGUAUACAGUGAAUAGAACUGAAAAUAACCUGAUCUGAGUUUGUCAUGUGCUGAAAAGAACUUAUCCGAAAAAUAAGACGUCACUCCUAAAUAUUGAGAUAAUCUCAACAAUCUUACUUUUUUGCAGAUUUGACAGUUUAUACACCAGAAAAAGGAACACAGGGUAAGAAACAUGAAUUGGGAAUGCGAGGUGCGGCCCAUCGCUGUGCUACAAAGAUACUGGGCCGAUUAUACUGCAAAAAACCUUCUCAUUUGUCAACUUACCCUAUUUCAUUUUCUCUUUUAUUCUUUUCACUUGUUUGCUUUUUUUGUUUUUGUUUUUUGCAUUACUGCAAUACUGAAUGCUGAUUGAUAAAGGGGAUAAGAAUAAUUAUCUCAGCAUUUAGGAGUGACAACUUGUUAUUUUUAGAUAAGUUUUCCAAUAGAUGACAAACUCAGAUCAGGUCACCAUAACUAAUGCAGCUUAAAGGGAUACUAUAGGCACCCAGACCACUUCAGCUCAUUGAAGUGGUCUGGGUGCAGAGUCCCAGGUCCCUUAAAGGGACACUAUAGUCACCAGAAGAACUAUAGUUUAUUAUAUUUGUUAGGGUGAGUUUAAUUGUGACAGAAGCUCCCAUGCUAUGGCCUUUUGGAUAGACUUAAAGGCCAGCCUCUUACUCACUGACUAUGGAUCUGGUCCCAGAAGUCCCUAAAAGAGGUUUGUGAUAGCAGCAAUCAAUGGACACGUUAUUUAUUGUUAGUUUGAUAACUCUGCUGCGCCCUCUGCUGACUGACUGGAGAAGUGUGUUCAUUUGCAUAAACCCAGUAUGAAAAUGAGAGCAACAAAAU